AAACUUAGUGAAUGUCAUAGACGCCUCGUCGAGGAGAGGGUCGGAGGCCGGGCGGCGCGGGGUGAGGCCGAGCGGAGGGGGGCGACAGAUUCGCGAGGAGGCUUCCGCGGGCGGGGUCAGCGACCUCGCCCCCCGCGGCCCCUCGCACGGCGACGGGCGGCGGGCGGCGGGCGCGCCAAUGUCAGGGCCGGUGCAGCGGUCAGCUGACGUCUGGAGGCGCGCGGGGGCCGCGGUCGCCGGCGCGCCGCGCGAGCUGCAGUCGGCUUCUAAGCCUCGGCGGAGGCACACGCCUCCGCUCCGUGUCGCGCUAUCUCCUGCUGAAAUACCGAUAAAGGCGGGCGGUGGCGACGCGCGCUACUCGGGCGCCGGGGCUGUCCUCACCGAGUCAGGCGCUUGUUGGAGUACACUUACCGUGUCGGCGGCUGUCGUCCGGCACGAGGCGCACGAGACGCACGAAGCGCACGAGGCGCCGGCGCACGCGGCUCCGCCCGACCCGGCCCUGGGCGCCGCCACCGCGCGAGCCCCGCGGGAACGUGAGGAGCGCGCUGGCUGGCAGCAGGGCGCGGGCGCGGGGGCGAGGUCGCCGCUGCGCCGCCCCAAGACAAAAAUCUCGGAGCACGUGGAGCCGCGAGUGCUGCUUCGCUUCGUGUUACAAUAGCAAUAAUUAUAUUUUCCAUUCGGUUAACUAUCCAACAGGACGUCGACGGGGGAGGUGUUACUUUUCACCAGCCGGCGCCGCCACUAGGGGCACUUGAAUCGUUUCGUUUUCAACAUUUUGCGAGCACGCACAAUUCGCAUUUUUCACGGUUUGCACUCUAAGCGGGCGCGAUAAAGAUAACUUUGGCUCGUAGUGUCUAAACGAAGAUACAUGCGGUGUAAACGACCAAUAAAACUACUCGUCUCGGCUGGUCGGCUCACUGGCACGCGUCUAAUUAUCCGAAUGGAGGCAAAUUCGAUGUAAAAAAGAUUUUCGUGUUAAGUGAAAAUGUGUCGAAUAACGUUGGUAAGAUGUUUCGCCAUUAUUAGCUUUGAAUUGGCAAUUUAUGUUCUUACGAAACAACCUUCGUUAUCAGUUGAUUUUUUAUUUACGUAUGUCUUUCGCCAAAAAAGUUAGUCCAACCUUUUUUAUUAUAAAGAAUGGUAAUAAUAUGUGUUUUGUUUUAUAUUUUACCAAAUACAAUGCCGAAGGAGCUUUUGUUGGGUUUGUUACUUGUUCCGUUAUCUUCACUUAUAAAAUAACUUGAAGAUCCAUUGAGAAUUUAUGAGUACCAACAUAAUGUAUUCGCUAAGUGACUAACGCUGUAUUUUCGUUGUCUGAAAUGUUUUCAUACAUUGAGUCAGUGCGGUGAAUGGCUUAGUUAAGAUUUCUAAUUCGGCCUUAGACAUCGGCCUCGCUCGCGUCCCUCCAUUACCACGAAAUUUGGAGCCGUACUAUUUGCUUAAGGAAAUCCGCAUCAAAAAUAUUUAGACAAAAAUUUUCCGCCAGUUAAUUACUUGUAUACAAAAAUUUCCUUUGAUGUUUACGACGCAAGAACUUUGCAAAACGAAAUGUCGCUAAAAUAUA